UUGAAUUAUAAAGUUGAAGUGCACAGUAUCACUUAAGUUGUGAGAUUCGAGUAAACCAAAAUUAAUUCAUUAAAAUGCCACAAGCCACAUCAUUGCAACGAGCUUUUACGGUGAUGACAUAUCUACUAUCAUCCAAGGAAAUCAAUCACAUAGAAAAUCAAAAGAUAAUUCCAUUUUUCGUUUCAAAUAAGCAAAUUUGUGAUGCAAUUGAAGGCGCUUCGUUUAAAAUUCAAGGAGCGGAAUCAUUUAUGGAUAACUAUUCGGUGAAACUAGAAGCGAUUAGCGAAGGUAUAUUCAAUAUCUUAUACGAUGUGCAGAAAAGUGCACAAGAAAUCCCGCCAGCAAAGCCUUAUGAAUGUCAGAAUGAAUCAUUCGGAAAACUGUUUUGUGAAGACAACAGAUACGCCAAACAUUUAUUGUUAAUAGGGCGUGGUCAUAAGCGUAUGUCACAUGACCUAUAUCGAAAGCUCUUAAACGGAAUACCUUGCGAUAAAAAAUGCUUCGAUAGUGAUACUGACUUCUUUAUCGGUACAAAUAAUUUCAUGCAGCUCGUUCGUAACAAAUCUUAUGAUGUGCUGUUUGUUUACUUUGAUGCUGAUGGCAUGGAACAUUUUCGUUAUAUUUCCGAAUUUCAAUUUGAUGGUAAAACGUUAAAUGUUACGCAAUCACGUAGUAGUAUGACAGAAGUUUCAUUGAAAGAAUUUAUAAAAAACUUUAAGUUCACAAGUUGGAAAAUUUUUUUGCGAAAAAAGGGUGAAUGAUGGCAUCCAAAUCUAUCAAAUUAUAAUAUUUUAUGUACAAAGGUGUUGAAAACAUUAGACGACGAAAAAAUUUAGAAAUAUUUAAAAAUACUUGUAUGCUAUUUGUACGAUAACUACAAUUUUGUGUAUUUUAUUAUUGAAGUAAAUCAAGAAGUUGUUGUGUAGAUUAUUGAUAUUGACAAAUCAAGGCUUUUACGAAUAAUUUGUUUGAACUUCCAUUUUGAACUUUCUCCGAAUCCAUUACAAACCUAAUCAUAAACAAGACAAGAUGGAAAUAUGUGUGUAUAGGUGUUUCAUAUUCAAAUAAUAAGAAAUAUACAGAAAUAUAUAUAGUAAGGGCACUAAAGUAUAAAGGUUAUCAGCUAAUUACGAGUUAUCAUAUUUCAAUUUGUGCAAUAGCAAAGCUUUUGAGUCUUUGUAGCGAUUCAGCGCUGAGCCGGUUGAAAUAGCACUCUUUUCUUUGCCAAAUACUACCUUUAGAGAGUUUUCAUAAACUCUCGCAAUAUUCUUGUUUACUAAUUUUUGAGACGAAUAGAAUUUAUUAUUUAUAAUUUUUUUAUUUUCUUAGAUGCUACUGAUUAUACUGUAGUUUGGUAUUGAAAAUAUGUGAAAUCAGUCUAUGAAUUUCUCUCGGUCCUAUAUAUAGACCAAUGUGUGAGUUCUCUCAAUAAACUUUCGUAGAAACAUGUU